UUGUUCUCAAUAGAUUUUUCUUACGCACUUCUCUUGCUCUGAGUAUUUCUUAUAAAAAAAAAUAGAGUAACUUUUCACAUUUUACAGUGCUGAAUUGAAUUGAAAUUGUAGUGUAGUGUUUAAUUAAAGAGUUGUCAAAACGACGAAGUCUCAGUCAUGCUAAGGAUUCGUUUAAAAAUGGGUCCUUCAAUAAGAAACAAAGAAUGGACAUGUUGUUUUGGUCUUCAUGUACGCACAGCAACGGUUAUUAUUGGUGUGUGGCAUUUGUUUUUGAACGUCCUUGCUUUGGCUAUACUUUCGGUGAUCAUUAGAACUAAUAACUAUCAUUUAUUAUUGGAAAACUUAGAUGAAGAGGAAGAUGGUGAAACUGAGUCUCUCGCACCAAUAUUACCAACUCCAUUGAGUAAAGUAGAUCCUCCUUAUGCAUAUCGUGAUCAUUUCCAGCAAACAGGAUUGCGCAACGAUGACGUUGAUAUGAGCGGAUUAGUGUUUCUUUGCAUGAUUGCUGUUACACUAAUGCUCAUAUAUGGAGCAGUUAAGGGAAAACCGUCUCACUUGUUACCAUUCUUCUGUUUGCAAAUCUUUGAUUUCGCAAUAGCAACUCUUACAGCAGCAGGUCAUUUAUGCUACAUACGAUCAAUGCAUCUUUGGAUAACGGAAAGUCAAAACCGUCUCCCAUGGCGAGAAGAAUUAAUAAAGUUGAAUCCCAAAACGUUGUCGGUACUUGUGCUAAUAGGAUUUAUCUUUUUUAUUUUAUUGAAAGCAUAUUCAAUUGGAAUAGUUUGGCGUUGCUAUAAAUGCUUGACUUUGAAGCAACAUAAUCUGCGUUCAAUGUUGCCGUAUAUUAUUCCAGAUACACCCGAUGCAACAAAUCAUUGUCAGGAACGAGACAACAAUUCACUUCUGCCAGGGUAUGAAGAAGCCAUUGCUGGCUUGAAACAGUCCCCACCUCCUUCGUAUGUGGUCGCAAUGGCUAUGAAUAGCAAAACUGGUCCUGAAAUAGUGCUUGCUGAAUCAUCAACCAGAAUUGGUGACAAUCAGACAGAGCCUCCACCAUACAAUUCUAUUGAAACAGUUUCAUCGCAACCAGACUCUGAAGUUUCUUCUAACAAUAACAACCAUUCCGUGGUAACAUUAGAAUCAUUAACAAAUAGUGAAACGAUUACUGUUUCAACUAAUAAUAAUUGCGCCUAAAAUCACACCAGACUUGCAUCUUUUAUAUAGUUCAUUUUCAUGUAAUUUUCUAGAACAUAAAAUGUGUGUUUAGAUGUCCAAUAUUCGCUUCGGUAUAAAGAUGCCUAUUCAAAUACAGUUUAGUUGUGUGACGCAAUGCAUGCAUAAGGUAAAAAACAAUCAAAUUUGACCAUAUAUGAUUUUUGUUGUGAAACACCAGCACGAGAGAAAUUAUACCAAGUUACUACUAACUAGAAUUUUGAACCUUUGAAAAAGAAUGAAAACAAGGCGGUAUUUAAUAUGUCAAUAUUUCUUUUAAACCUAUUACAUGAUUGAAACAAUGUAGCUAAUUAAAAUUACAUUUGGAUCGCUGUUGUAACUGUUCUUUAAGAUUUAACGUAACGAGAAAGAACGUGUAAGUUUACGAAGACAAAAUGAAACACAAAAUGAUUUAUUCUUUAUUGCCUACAUCGACGUUGUAUAACUUCAUAUUAUUAUGCUGGGAAACUAGUUUAUCAAAUCCUUCUAAUUUUUAUUUCAACUGGUUUUGUUGCUGUUCAUGCAAUGCUAUAUCGCAAAAAGAUACACAAUUCAUUCUUUUUAACAAUAAAUAUCAAAAAAGGCAUUGUAGUAUAUAGUUUAAUUGACAAAAAUAGCUCGAAAGCCUUUGAAUAUAAAGAAAAUUGUAAAAAAAACAAAAACAAUUAGACUGAUUGUCAGUGGAGUAUUAUUCUUCUUGGUUACCUGCAUGCAACUACAGUGUCUGUUUCUACUGGUUAAAAUCGAAUGAUUACAAGAUAAGUGUAGUUUACUAAACCACUUCAAAAAAGAAAAAUAAAUUGUAAUCGACGUACGGUAGAUUAAAAAAAGUAUAAAAGGAACUUCUUCACAGUAA